AUGCAGGGUCUCCUCCUCUCUCUUGGCCUUCUGGCCUCCAGUGCCGUCAGCUUCGUUGCUGCCGCUGACCUGAAGAUCGACGUCACCCAGGAGGUCGAGUGCGACCGCAAGACCAAGAAUGGCGACAAGCUCACCAUGCACUACCGCGGUACUCUGCAGGCCGAUGGCAAGCAAUUCGAUGCUAGCUACGACCGCGGAACCCCCUUCAGCUUUAAGAUUGGCAGCGGCCAGGUCAUCAAGGGAUGGGAGCAAGGACUUCUUGACAUGUGCAUUGGCGAGAAGAGAACCCUGACCAUUCCCCCUGAGCUUGGAUACGGACCCCGCGGCAUGGGCCCCAUUCCCGGCGGCUCGACCCUUGUCUUCGAGACUGAGCUCGUCGGCAUUGACGGUGUUCCCAAGCCCGAGAAGAUCAUUGUCAAGGCUUCCUCGGCUGCCAGCGAGGCUGUCGAGUCUGCCACUGAGGGCAUUGCCGAGAAGGUCGCCAGCAAGGUUGCUGAGGCGGCUGAUGUUGUCAAGACCAUUGUCGCCGACUCUGACGCCGACGGCCAGGAGCACAACGAGCUCUAA